AUGGCCUCUAAUUAUGUGCCAGUUAGUGACAUAAAAUGUCUGGAGCAUCAGACUUUGAAAGUACCUUAUGAAGUCCUGAAUAAAAAGUUUCGAGUUGCGCAGAAGAGCAUAGACAGGGAGGUGCAGAAAGUCCACACGGUUAUUAAAGAACUUGAAAAAUGUAUUGAUAACCCUGCCACUGACAUGGAGCCAAGCAACAAAAAACAACAGAUAAGUCAGGCCAUUAUAGGCGUUACUGAAAAGCUCAUUUACCUCAAAAGAAAGGCUGAGGAAGUUGUCAAGGAAGAAAUUGAUGCAGCAAAAAGUUGUAAGAGACGUAUAGAUCACUUGAAGGAGAAUGAUUCAACUCCUGCCACUCCAGUCAGCAUGGCGUCUACUUCAAAGUUGAAUGCAUGGAAAAGGAAGAGAUUAGAUCGGAUGCUCGUCGAGUAUUUCUUGAGGUCUGGCUACUACAACACAGCUCUCAAAUUAGCAAAAUGUUCCGGAAUUGAGGAUUUGACAAACAUUGAUCUGUUCCUGGUGUCCAAAGAGGUUGAGGCAGGCUUGAUGAUGAAGGAUACAACAAAAUGUUUGGCCUGGUGCCAAGAUAACAAGUCCAAACUCAAGAAAUUAAAGUCAACUUUGGAGUUCAAAAUUCACCAGCAAGAAUUUAUUGAAUUGGUUAAAGCGGGCAAAAGAGUUGAAGCCAUCUGGCAUGCCAGGAAAUAUGUAUCUUCCCUUGAGGACCCCCUCUACUCUGAAAUCCAGAAGACUAUGGCACUGCUGGCAUUUCCUCUGGACACACAAAUUGCACCUUACAAGGAACUGCUCGACGAGAAGAGAUGGCAGCUGCUGAUCGAUUUGUUUCGCAAGGAGAACUACAAACUCUACCAGAUGAACAACGAUUCCAUCUUCAUCCUCACUCUCCAGGCAGGCCUAUCCGCUCUCAAGACGCCGUUAGCAGCUCUUUUUUUGUUUAUGUUCACCAACUGCCCUGUUUGUUUACCCCUGUUCAACUCACUAGCCUGCAGACUCCCCUACGCUCAUACUGCCCAAUCGAAGCUUUUUUGUUUCAUUUCCGGAGAGCAGAUGAAUGAAUACAACCAGCCAACCAUGCUGCCAAAUGGUUAUGUCUAUGGAUACAACGCGCUGAAAGAGAUGGCGGAGAAAAGCAACAACGUCAUAACAUGUCCCCGCACCAAUGAAGUAUUCAACUUCGCAGACGUUCAAAAAGUCUUCGUCAUGUGA